CGAGAAGCACGCCACACCCUCGGGUGCGGGCCUUCGGGCCAAAAAGCGUCACGGGCAGGUCUUGAAUCAAGCCUGUACCGCUCGCUUCGUGCGACUCGCGCCAAACGCCAAGAGACGAGCCUCCUCUCUCCGCGCGUACCGACGCUUCGGGCGAGAGGAACACGUCGCAGAAAAUGACGACGACCCCGCUCAGCCUGAGCCUCCCCACCGAGUUUGAGGCGGCGCGCGAGAUCGCCGUCCUAGACGUCACCCAGCCCUCGAAGAUUGAGACUCGGAAGCCCAAGUUUGACGCCCUUAAGAGCACCGCCGAACGCGUGGGCAUCUACGUGGCGUGCAACACCGCCGCGCACCUCGCCUUCAACGGAGCCGCGGGCGCCCCACCCGCGCUCGCCGCCCUCGCCGCUCUCAGGGCCACCGCCCCGACCAGCGUCGCGUACGGCGUCGCCAUGCAAGCCGCGGCGAGCUGCGCGUCGCUGCCCGCGGCGCCGUCCGUCCUCCUCGCCACCGCGCUCGCGCCCGCCGCCGUCGCGGCGUGCUGCGCGCCGCCCGCGGCGUCCGCCGCCGCGCUCGCCGCGCGCGCCGCCGUCUUUGCGCGCGCCGCCGCGAGGAACCUCCCCGUCGGAGCGGCGUGGGCCGCCGAGUGGGCCGCGUACGCAGCGACGAGGGACGCGUUGGGUGUCCGAGUGGCGGAGACUCAAAGAGUGGCAAACACUCAUCAAUCGUCGGACCCGCGGACGCGGUUCGCGAUUGGCGCGGCGUCCAUCGGCGCCGUGUGCGCGGCGAUGGCGCCGUUCAGGGCGGUUCCGUGGAUCAGCGCGCAGGUGGCGACCCGCAUGAUCCGGAGCAAGGUGUGGUGGUACGGGUCGUACGAGGCGCUCAAGGCGGCUACAAAUAGCCAGGCUACGACCGAAAUCCCCCACCCGGGGGUUCUCGAGGAGCGGGAGCAGAGGGUGGUGAGCGCGGGGGACGCGAUGAGGCGCGCGCGCGCGGUGGCACGCGCGACGGCGACGCGGCCGAAGAAGUUGCGAGAGAUUCCGAGGAUCAAGCGCGGCGCGUUGAUGCCGCCGGGCGGCUCUGUUCACCUCAACGCCAUCCACGCUCGAGGCUUUGUGCUUUGAGAUUUUUCCAAACGAGAGCCAGAAACGUCGGCUCCCCAUGUAAGAGUUAGCUAGCUAAGACUUAGCGAAUAGCGCAUUUUUUUCGUCGACGACGACACGUCUAUCA